CAGGCUCACCUGUUACUCUGCAAACCCCAGCCGCCGGCCACGCCCACACGACGGCCACGCCUCAGUCGCGGACCCGCCCACAAGGCUCUGUCCACACGGUGGCCCAGCCCACUCCGACUGCAGCCCCUGGUCCCAAGUUCGACCCCGGGGCGGAGAUCUGGCCUCAGCUCUCCGCGCUCCUCGAUCCAGGCUCUGGCCUCCGCUCUCCGUGCUCUGCCAUCCAGGCUCCGCGCUACGGGAUCCUCGACCCCGGGUUCCUAAAUCGAGGCUCGGGGCUCUGCUCUCCAGGCUCUGCCAUCCAGGUUCCGCGCUCCGGGCUCCGCGCUCCGGGCUCCAGACUCCAGGCUCCAGACUCCAGGCUCCGGGCUCUGCUCUGGGCGCCGCGGGAGGACCUAUGCGCCCGGCCAUCGAGGCGCGGCCCUGAGCUCCGGUGAAGCCCGGGGGGGGGGGGCGCCGACGGCGGUGGCGCGAUGCCGGUGGAGGAGCCGGGCGCCCCUGGUGCCCAGGACCCACAGGAUCCCCAGGAUCCACAGGACCCCGAGCGCCCGCGGGCCUCCGGGCCGCGCCUGUGCCCGCAGCUGUUGCCCGAGUUCUGCAGCCUCGCGGUGCAAGCGCUCGUCUACCUGGCGCCGGUCUACCUGGCCGGCUACCUGAGGCUCGGCCUCACCUGGCUGCUGCUUGGCGCCCUGCUGUGGAUGUGCUGGCGCAGGAACCGGCGCGGGAAGCUGGGUCGCCUGGCGGCCGCCUUCCACUUCCUGGACAAUGAGCGCCAGUUCAUCAGUCGUGAACUGCGGGGCCAGCACCUGCCAGCCUGGAUCCACUUCCCUGACGUGGAGCGGGUGGAGUGGGCCAACAAGAUCAUCUCACAGACCUGGCCCUACCUGAGCAUGAUCAUGGAGAGCAAGUUACGGGAGAAGCUCGAGCCCAAGAUCCGGGAGAAAAGCAGCUACCUGAGGACCUUCACCUUCACCAAGCUCUGUUUUGGGCAAAAGUGUCCCAGGGUCAAUGGUGUCAAGGUUCACACUGACAGGCGCAACCGGAGGAAGGUGGUCCUGGACCUGCAGAUCUGCUACAUUGGGGACUGUGAGAUCAGUGUGGAGCUGCAGAAGAUACAGGCUGGUGUCAGCGGGAUCCAGUUGCAGGGCACACUGCGGGUCAUCCUGGAGCCUCUCCUGGUGGACAAGCCCUUUGUGGGAGCUGUGACCCUGUUCUUCUUGCAGAAACCGCACCUGCAGAUCAACUGGACAGGCCUCACCAACCUGCUGGAUGCACCAGGCAUCAACGAGGUGUCAGACAGCCUGCUGGAGGACCUCAUGGCCGCCCACCUGGUGCUGCCCAACCGUGUGACAGUGCCCGUGAAGAAGGGGCUGGACGUGACCCGCCUGCGCUUCCCGCUGCCCUGCGGUGUGAUUCGAAUCCACCUACUGGAGGCAGAGAACCUGGCACAGAAAGACCACUUCCUGGGCAUCCGGGGCAAAUCGGACCCCUACGCCAGCCUGGGCCUCGGCCUGCAGCACUUCCGGAGCAAGACUGUCUACAGAAACCUCAACCCCACCUGGAAUGAAGUGUGUGAGUUCAUAGUCCAUGAAGUCCCUGGGCAAGACUUGGAGGUGGACCUGUAUGACGAGGAUCCUGACAGGGAUGACUUCCUGGGCAGCCUGCAGAUCUGCCUCGCAGACGUCAAGAGCAACAGAGUGGUAGAUGAGUGGUUCACCUUGAAUGACACAACCAGCGGGCGGCUGCACCUGCGACUUGAAUGGCUCUCACUUCUCUCGAACCCAGAGGCACUGACGGAGGACCAUGGUGGCUUGUCCUCUGCCAUCCUCAUCGUCUUCCUGGAGAGCGCCUGCAACCUGCCGAGAAACCCUUUUGACUACCUGAAUGGUGAAUACCGUGCCAGGAAGCUCCCCCGCUCUGCCAGAAAUAAGCUCAGUAGAGACCCUUCCUCCUACGUCAAGCUGUCUGUCGGCAAGAAGACACACACGAGCAAGACCUGUGCCCGCAGCAAGGACCCCGUAUGGAGCCAGGCCUUCUCCUUCUUCGUGCAAAAUGCAGCAUCUGAGCAGCUGCACCUUGAGGUGCUGGAUGACGAGCUGGAGUGUGCUCUGGGGGUGCUGCACUUCCCCCUGAACCAGAUCCUGCCCUGCCCGGACCUCAUCCUGGAGCAACGCUUCCAGCUCAACCACUCAGGCCUGGACAGUCUCAUCUCCAUGCGGCUGGUGCUCCGGUUCCUGUGUGUGGAGGAGCGAGAACUGGGGAGCCCGUACACGGGGCCAGACGCCCUCAAGAAAGGCCCUCUGUUCAUUAAGAAGGUGGCCACCAACCAGGGCCCUGGAGCUCCAACCCCAGGAGAGGCCUCCCAAGAUGCACCAAGCCCACCAAGCCUGCCAAGCUCUGAUUCUGAUGCCAAGGAGGCCCCCAAGAACAUGAUGCCCAUGGCAGCCAGGCCCCCCACAGCAGCCCCUGAGCCCACACCCCAAGAGCCAGGCCCAGGCCCUAAAGGCAAGGAUGGCCCCAGAGGGCUCUGUGAGGCCACAGGGGAGAAGAGGACUCCAGCCAACAUCUUCCUGACUGUCCCCGGCCCCCACUCCCCAGGGCCCAUCAAGUCUCCCAGGCCCAUCAGAGGCCCUGCCUCACCAUUCGCUUGGCCACCUGCCAGGCUGGCCCCCAGCAUGUCCUCGCUCACCUCCCUGGCUUCCUCCUGCUUUGACCUCACAGAUGGCAGUCUCCACACUGAAAGCAGGGCUGGUGGGCCGUGGGGCCUGGGCGAGGUCCAACUCACCGUGCGUUAUGUGUGUCUGCGCCGCUGCCUCCGGGUCCUGAUCAACGGUUGCAGAAACCUGACACCCUGCACCAGCAGUGGAGCUGAUCCCUAUGUUCGAGUCUAUUUGCUGCCAGAAAGGAGGUGGUCAAGUCGCAAGAAGACUUCAGUGAAGCGGAAGACCUUGGAGCCCCUGUUUGAUGAGACAUUUGAGUUUUUUGUUCCCAUGGAAGAAGUACAGAAGAGGUCACUAGAUGUCGCUGUGAAGAACAGCAGGCCCCCUGGUUCACACAGAAGGAAGGAGUUAGGAAAAGUCCUGAUUGACUUGUCAAAAGAAGAUCUGAUUAAGGGCUUCUGCCAGUGGUAUCAGCUGACUCCUGACGGACAGCCCAGAAGCUGAAGCAGAGCUCCACCACCCUCUGCAUACACGUGUCCACGUGUGUAUUUCUUAACAAGUCAGAGACGCCAAGUGCAGACAUACAUUCUUGUGUGGAAUUAUACUGCAUGGCUGGAUGUCAUUAGGGUGUCAUGUACAUGACAGCAAGUGCUACUCUCUUGCUUGGAUUGAACUGCUUAAAUCCAGAAAGGGAGGUCUUUAUGCCUUCUCAUGCUAUCCAAACCUCAGUGGUGAUUUUUCACCUUUGGGAAGCAAUUACUGACCCUCUCAUUUAGGACAUGCCUGAACAUCUGCAUCAAGUGUCUAAUUUCAGGCACAGAGGGUGAGGGAGCUUUGCUCCAGGACAGCUAACAGGUUUCCUAGGCUGUAGCUGAGCCACAGAGGUGGCUCUUUUAUGGGGAUAAAAAGCGAGUCACCCCCAAAGUGCUGAGAGCAAGUGCUCUGAAGUCCUCUUCUGCCACACUAUGCACUGAAAGCAAACUUUGUCAGCGGUGUGUUGAAACAAGUGCCUCUUUUCAUUUCAAAUUUUACAAAGUGGAAUAGGUGUCCACGGGCUGCUGUGCUGUGUGGUCCCAUCAUCUCUCUCGUCCACUCAGACAAAGACCCCAGGCCACCAUCAGCUUUUGCCUUCACUCCCACUCACCUCAAGAUUAUCAUGUUUCUCUCCUUUUCAUUAUCCAGUUUCCCGUUUCCUACCAGAAAUAAUGUGCCUUAUAGACUCAGCAAGCCAACCUCGAGUUGCUUGCUACUUCAGUUAUGUCCAAAUGCCCUCCUGCAGAAUUCUCCAAGCCAUCAAUCACAUCCUUCCUGCUCAGCUCCAGUGCUUCCUCCACUAGCCCAUCCACACGCCUCUCCCGGCACUGCUGCACUUGUCAAUCAUGGGCACUUUUCACUCAGCAAUCGCACCUUGAACAUUUGAGACUGUUUAUUGAGUAUCUGCUCAGGAUCCUAUGCUAAGAAGUUACUUGUAUGGGGCUUGGUAUUUAAUGUUUGUUCACUCUGUAAAUGGCCUGGAGGCUGCUUGAAAUGAUUUCCCCCUCCAUGAUCCAAGACUGUGCUAAGUACAUGGUAGGCUGCAUGUAAUAAAAUGUACUUCCACUGAGCUUUCUAUCCUGAACGGGAACUUCUCCUAGUAAAAUGGGACAGCCAGUGUCUGUCCUGACUAGUUCACAGUGGCACUGUAAUACCCACUAUAAUGCUGCAUCUUGAUAACGGCUGAUGUGCCAGGGAAGUUACAGAGUGUGAAGCCCAGAACCUCUGGAGUAUCAGUAACCCCUCCAACAACUGAGCUCAAGAGAGAAAAGUGAAACCUACCUUUCCUCCUUCAAGCACAUACAAAACUUCAAUCAUGGGAGUCAGGCGGUAGCAAAACGGGUUAAAGCGCACGUGGCACAAAGCACAAGGACCGGCAUAAGGAUCCCGGUUUGAGCCCCCGGCUCCCCACCUGCAGGGGAAGUUGCUUCACAGGCA